AUGACACCGCCACUCACUGGGUUCUUUAUGAGGGUUGCCGGCCUUGGCGAUGUUCAUAAGGAGAUUGAGAGGCGGAAGCGGGUGAUGAGGAGGGUUGGAAAGAUUGGACCGCGUGAUCGAGAUCCAGUGGUUUGCCAAAGUGGCCAAUCUUACAGGACUUCGUCUCCCAGCAGGUCAGUCCGUGAUGAUCAACAAAUCACUAAAGGACCACGGUCAUCUUCACGAGAGAAUAUCCGAAGUACGGACGGCCCACCACCAUUUCCGAGAGUCCACUGGAGAGAUCUUAGUCGAGAGACUUUGGCUGAAUAUAGUUUGGCUUGGAGGUGGGAUAAUAACGACAAGGACUACAUCGUUAUCGAAGAACACCUGACUUGGCGUGAGCUGGAUCUAUUAAUCCAGCAUACGGGAUGGCUGCGCGAGCGGAAGGAGCUGGAUCUAGCGCUACGCGAAUCAAAGAAGGAGGUUGAGCAGAUGCAGAAGCUGUGUGAGAGUAUGGCACCAAAGGACCGGAGUGACGCGGGGCGGAAGUCUGAGAAGAGACGUGAAUGCGAUGCUGAGCGGGCAUCGGCACGUGAUGACCAAAACCUUGACGGAGGGCAUGCGCAUGUAUCGCAACCUGGAAUACAUAUACAUGUAUACCAGACACAGAACAGCCAACCGCCAGCUCCCCGGGGAGCCUCAACAGCACAACCGAUCCCGGAACUACCCUCACCUUCGCACCACAGCUCUCAACGCUCAACGGUUCCAGCCAUGCACUCCAAAUUGACUCGUCCGUGGUCUCCCCAUGACCAUACGUCUAUGGAGCGGCCUCGUCAACCUUCGCGUCAAACGCAUAGAUCUCGGUCUCGCAGCAGAGCGUCACAAGCACCAGACGAGCUGCCUGGUACGUCAUUUCGUCGUGCGCGAGAAUCAGAUGAGAACAGGCCAAGACGUGCAACCGCACAGCAGGUUUCUAGGCCCCAGGAAGAACCACUUAGCACCAGAACAGCCAGCAGACAGUGGAGGCACAUACCGGCACCAUCGGAGCAUGUCCACUUUGCAUCCCCACCUCGUUCUGAGAGCAUGGCUAGUGAAGAACGCCCGAGACAAGCAGCCAAGAACGUGAGGGAACUUUCCCCGCAGUACAGACAACCUCGACGUGAGAGAAGCUCGUACUCUGCACAAGGGUCCCAGUCGAGGCGGGCAUACACCCACGCCCCGGAAUCGUGGUCGGAGGAUAGGGGCGGUACAGGAAGAUAUGUGGGGGAAAAACUGCGAUUUCGUGACGUGUAG